UUGGUUACAAAUAAAUGAAAACACGGAUUAUUUUCUAUAAUCAGUAACCCUUCGAUCCGAAAUUUGGCCACACGAGAUCCCUCGACAAUAAAGAUUAGCAUCGGAUUCAACGGGGCAGUCCGAUCACUGGCAGCAGCAGCGGCUGCUAGUGGCCGUGGAGGCACGUCACAGCUCUCGUCUCCAACCGAUGCGCCUUUUGUCCCCAGUUGUCGCAGGUUUCAUCGACACUCCGUUUGUCUCCACCCCCAACCCGUCACUGUAAGAACAAAGAAGAAAGAGAAACAGCCAAGACACUGGAAUCGUAUUUAUACGCACUCCACAUAUUUGUUCGGUCAUCCAUUGCAAGCAGCAGCAGCAGCAAGAAAUAAGCAAACGGUGGAGAGUGGCCGAGAGAGGAGAGACAAUGCCGGUGGAGAGCAUGAUCGUGGUGAAGUCCGAGUUGAGCCCGGGAAUGAGUGUGACACGGCCCUUGUGCAUGGUGGGGUGCGACCCCACGAGCGCAGUCAACCAGCGUGUCAAGAGGAGGAGGAGGGUUCAUGUCGAUGACGGCAGUACUGCUGCUGCCGCGGGAGUUCCGGCAGCGGGAGAUGAUCAGAAGAAGCGUCAUGAGGUCGAUGGGGUUACCGCCGGGACUACGACCAUCAAGAGGAGCUCCCAGUACCGGGGCGUAAGCAGACAUAGGUGGACAGGGAGGUACGAGGCUCAUUUGUGGGACAAAGGGUGUUGGAAUCCAACACAGAGGAAGAAGGGAAAACAAGUAUAUCUUGGCGCUUAUGAUGAAGAAGAAUCUGCAGCGAGAGCUUAUGAUUUGGCAGCACUCAAGUACUGGGGAAGCUCAACCUUCACUAAUUUCCCUAUAUCGGAUUACGAGACGGAAAUCGAGGCUAUGAAAACUGUGACCAGAGAGGAGUAUUUGGCUUCGCUACGAAGACGGAGCAGCGGUUUCUCAAGAGGUGUGUCAAAGUACAGAGGAGUUGCAAGGCACCAUCACAAUGGGAGAUGGGAAGCGAGGAUCGGCAGGGUGUUCGGAAACAAAUAUCUCUAUCUGGGAACUUACGGUACACAAGAGGAGGCUGCUCGUGCGUACGAUAUCGCCGCGAUCGAGUACAGAGGGAUCAACGCAGUGACCAACUUUGAUUUGAGCUCCUACAUAAGAUGGCUGAAACCGGGACCAAACAAUUCUCAUGCUUCCCAGAAGCUUGAGUUAACCUUGCACUCUGAACCUGCUGCACCGACCUCCUCGAACCACGUCCACGGGGAAGAAGAAUCCAAGCCGUCCAUCUUCUUGCGCUCCGACUCUUUCGUGUUCGAUGAUCUCGCCGCCCCGAUGAAACAAGAUGCAAGCACGAGCGCGGUUUGCAUCUCCACCAAGUCAACUCCUCCGACUGCGCUAGGAUUGCUGCUCAAGUCUUCGAUCUUCAGAGAGCUGGUCGAGAAGAAUCCGCGUUCACUCGAUGAAGAAAAGGAGGAGGACCCUACAAAGGAUUUCACGCAGUCGAGCGGGAGGGACAAUUUCAGAGGAGGCUUUGGCAAUGAGAAUGGAGGUUUCCCUUUCAUGUUUACAGCAAUGGGAGAGAGUGAGAGCUUGCCUGAUUUGGAAUCGAGGGAAAGUAAGAUGCACGUGGGCAUUAGAACAGAGCCAUGGAAUUGGCAUUGAAGUAACGUCUGUCUUCUUCCAAGCACAAGCUAACCGCUGUGCGCUAGUUGAAGCAAUUGACUAGAAGCACAAGCUCAUGCUUCUCUCUCUCUCUCUCUCU